AUGUUUCCUUCACCAUCGCUAACCAUUUGUUCUCAAAAGUAUCUCAUCAAGAUAAGAACAUCGUGUUAUCUCCACUUUCGCUACAACUCGUUCUUAGCAUCAUCGCUGCUGGCUCUGAGGGUCCCACACAACAACAGCUUCUUGAAUUCCUCCAAUCCAAAUCCAUCGAUCAUCUCAACUCCUUUGCCUCUCAGCUCGUUUCUGUUGUCCUCUCCAACACUGCUCCCGCCGGCGGACCUCUUCUCUCUUUCGUCGACGGUGUGUGGAUUGAACAAACCCUAUCUCUUCAACCUUCCUUCAAACAAAUCGUCUCUACUGAAUUCAAAGCCAGUUUGUCUUCCGUCGAUUUCCAGAACAAGGUUGUUGAAGUGA